AUGCGCCAGAAGGGAUAUUUCCAAGACUCCUUCUUCGGUAUGAAGGGCUUUGAGGCUCGUCCAAUCUCGGUAGCAACGGAGUUUGUGGAUACCGACUGGGACGAGGAGGACGAGGAGGACGCGACGAGCGAGAUAGAAGAUGAAGAUCCGGACUCUCCGCGAGUGAGCCUCAACUCGUCGGGCCAGCAGAGUGUAACUACUCUCUCGUCAUACGACGAGGCGCAGACGCCGAGGUCGAGCAGAGCUCGCGAGGCGUAUCCGUUCGAUUUCUACACGUCAGCGAAACCAGUAGAGGGACCCAGGGGCCCUCACCUAUUCCGAGCCUCCGGGACGUCAUCAAACUUUACCGAGUACCAGGAGAUCCUCAGCCUCUCGCCGAUAACUCCUAAGACGGCAAGGCCGUACGCGGGGGAUCUCCGGGUCCCCAUCGCCCACGAACCGCUGCCCCAGGUGCUGUCUCAGCCUCCGCGUUCGCGGACCAGCCCCUUCCAGUUCACCCACGAGAAGCUGGACCCGAGCAACCUGCCGAUCUGGACACCGGAGAAGGUCGCGCAGUGGAUGCUUAACGCCGGCAUCGAGAUGCAGAUAGCUGGCAAGUUCGUCGAGAACGACAUCAACGGGGCCAUCCUGAUCACGCUCAAGUUCGAGGACCUGCGGGAGCUCGAUAUCCAAUCCUUCGGCGUCCGCACCAAAGUAUGGGAGGAGAUACACGCUCUGCGAGACAGCAAGGCGGCGGCGGCGGCGGCAGUGGCUUCGCCCAGGCUGGAGACCCCCAUCGAAGAUUCUGAGAGCCGGGAGGUGCGGAGAGAACGCAAGAAGAAUGAGAAGAUGGAGGGGGCGGAUGGCGCGGAGCGGAGCCGCAGCGUCAACCCGUCUAAGAACGUGAAACGGACCCACAGCAGGAGGAAGCCGGCCCACGAGGAUAUCAUCUCCCCGCUCGAGUCCGUCUCCAUCGUCGGCAUCGAGCAGAUGAUGCCGAAGCCGCACCACUGCUCCAAGGGCGAGAACUGCGCCAAGUUCCGGCGGCAGCAGCGCAUGAUCGAGGCCUUCAAGCGCGACCACCCUUUCGUCGACGUCGACAAGGGCGGCAUCAUCAUGGUCGCCGGGGACCCGGGCAACCCGGCGACGGCGCCGGCGAUCAACCGGCCGUCGUCGACCGAGGCGCUGCGACCCUUGUCCGACGCGGUGCCCUCGGUCGUCGCCUCGUCCGACGUGCUCGGCCCCGGCAUGUCCCCCUUCCAGUACCUUCAGGAGGCCGCGCUGCGCAACGUGCAGACCCGCGACCCCCUGGACAACGUGCGGCAGUUCCUCGACUUCCAGCAGCCCGACGGCGACGCCGAGGUCCCGCCCACGCCCCCCUUCGAGAUCCUCUCCCCCCCUUCCUCCGCCGCCGCCACGCCCGCGCCGCGCACCCCCCACGAGGGCCUGCGCGCGCUGCCCAAGCUCGCCAUCCCCGGCAAGCAGCAGCCGCCCGCGCCGCAGGCGCCGGCCUACCCCCAGCACUACUACCAGCAGCCGCAGCGGUACUCGCAGCCGGCGCGGCCGAGCCCGCCCCCUCGGUCCGCGUCCGCAACCCCGACGCCGGCGGCCGUCUCGCACUACCCGCAGCGCAUGGAGCGCGCGGAGGCGCUGUCGCCGGACCUCUCCAACGCGCCGUACCGCUUCGGCACGCCCUUCUCGGACAUGGACGUGCCGCUGACGGCGGUGCCGCUCGGGCCCGUCGCCCGCGACGCCUCGCAGUCCGUCCCACCCGACAUGUCGUACCGCGCGGCGGGGGCCGGCCUCGCGCGCUCGCAGUCGCGGUCCUCGCGCCGCCCUUCUUUCCAGGUCAUGGCGCCCGUCGAGGAGGACGCGACCGCCCGCGCCUUGCCCAAGGCGCCGCACGUCCCGGCCUCGAUCUCGCCGCGGUCGCCGCCGCCGCCGCCGGGCCUCGCCCGCGCCCCCUCCCGCAGCCACCACCCGCAGCCGCCUCCGCGCGUGCAGUACCCAUGGUCACCGCAGCAGCGCGCGGCGUUCGAGCGAGCGCUCGCGCCGGUGCCGACGCCGGACACGCUCGCGGCGCCGGCCGGCUCGUCGUCGUCGUCGUCGUCCUCGCCGUCGUCAUCCUCACCUCAGCGCCAGCACCGCGGCGCGGGCGCGGCGGCGGGGACCCCCCAGGACGCCGACGGCGCGACGUACCAGGGCCCGGUGAAGAAGCGCAAGACGCGGAUGCUGCGGCACGAGUGGCACGAGCAGUAUGCGACGCUGCGGGGCACGCGGCUGGCGCUGCACCGGGACGGCGACGCGGCGCGCGAGCGCAAGCGCGCGCUCGAGUACAUCGACAUCGACGACUACGCGAUCGCGUGCUCGUCGCUGAGCGCGGGCUCGAAGCUCAACGCCGCCUUCAAGGCCAUGAGCAUCAGCCGCGCGAAGCACGGGCACUCGGCGAGCGAGAGCGGCGGCGGCGGCGGUGGUGGUGCCGGUGGCGGCGACGUCGCCGCCUUCAGCUUCCAGCUCAUCCCCCAGGACCACCCCGGCAAGAGCUCGCGGCUGCGCAAGCGCGAGAGCCAGAGUCCCGGCUCGGGCGCGGUGGCGGCGCUGGCGGCGGGCGGCGAGGAGUUCGCCACUGCGGCCAACGGCACCGGCAAGACGCACCACUUCGCUGUGCGCAGCCGCGACGAGCGCAUCGACUGGAUGCGCGAGCUCAUGCUGGCCAAGGCCCUGCGCCAGAAGGGCGAGGGCUUCGAGGUCAGCGUCAAUGGCAACAUGAUCUAG